GAUGGCCGAGCCGAACCAGGCAAGCUUCUUCGUUCACGAGAGUGCAGUGUCCGUGACGUUGCAGCUGAAAGUCGUGGAAGAACAGGAGGAAGACAAUUCGUUCUUCAUAUGCGAUCUGUUUGAACUGAAAAAUAUGGUGGAACUAUGGCAUCAGAAGCUUCCGAAGGUGACUCCCUAUUUCGCAAUAAAGUCGUGCAGCGAUCGCAUCGUCAUUCGAACUUUGGCGAUGGAAGGAGUCAACUUUGACUGUUCUAACAAGAGAGAAAUUCAAGCAGUCCUGAGUGCUGGAGUCGAUUCUAGUCGGAUCAUCUACGCAAACCCUGCAAAGCAGUCGUCUCAUUUAGACUUCGCUGAAAGCUCAGGCGUCACAUUGAUGACCUUCGACUGUUUGGAAGAGUUGCAGAAGAUUAAGGACAAGAAUGCUAGGCUUUUGCUGAGAUUUUCAGCACAAGCGGGAGACCACGAAGACAGAAUGGCACGGAAGUACGGCUGCAGUAUUCUAGAAGCCGAGCACAUUCUCCGUGUUGCCACUGACCAAGGUCACACUGUCGUCGGCAUUGCAUUUCAUAUUGGUGGAAGACAUUUCAGUACCGAGAGCUAUCGAAGCGCCAUUGAAAAGGCGAGGCGCCUUUUUGACAUUAGUGCUCAAAUGGGAAUCAAGAUGACAGUGCUCGACAUCGGAGGAGGAUUUGUGGGAAGCACGAGAAGGCGAGAUCUUUUCAUUCAAGUGUGCGAAACUGUGCGCUCAGCCUUGGACGAGCACUUUCCUAGUACUGGCGGCAUACACGUUAUCGCCGAACCCGGGCAGUACAUGGUGACGUCAUCAUUUACCCUGGCUGUCAAGGUGGUCGCCAAAAGGACGCGGCAAACCAACGUCGAUGGAGAAUUUCUUCCUUACCACGAUGUUUAUAUAAAUGAUAGCAAACAGAACUGCAUUCCCCGGGAAAACUACGAGGGUCUUUGCGUCAAAUAUCAUCCUUUCAGCCCUCCGCUCGAGCGCCCCUGCAACCAAAUAACGACGCUGUGGGGCGCCACCUGCCACCCCAUGGACAAGUUCGAAGACCAUGUACCUUUCUUUGAGGUGUCAGUGGGCGAGUGGCUCCUCAUGGACAACGUUGGUGCAUACGGGCUGGUCAAGGCGUGCGGCUUCAACGGAACCGGUUUCCCGCCGGUCCACUACAGGACCUCGGCAGAGGACGCGCCUCGAGUCUGCAGCAUCAUCGAAGAGUCUCAGCUCUUGCCGGGAUACAGUCAACCACAGAGCCUGUUGUGGGUGGGCACUCGCACAGAACAACAGCUCUAA